GUAUGAUCGGAUGCGUGCUGACCAGAAGAAAUGUGGGAAGGCAGCUUGGGCCGUGGCAGUUGAGAGAAUGGAAAAACUUCGGUACGCAGUUGCAAAGGAAACACUACAGCUGAUGCGAGCAAAAGAGAUCUGUCUGGAACAGAAAAAACGGACACUCAGAGAUGAAUUGCAGAGUCUACAGAGUGGCACAGAUGCUAUUGCACGGCUGGACCGGCUGGAGGCAGACUAUUACGACAUGCAACUUCAGUUAUAUGAGGUGCAGUUUGAGAUCCUGAAAUGUGAGGAACUACUGUUAACAGCACAACUUGAAAGCAUUAAGAGGCUCAUUGCAGAAAAACGAGAGGAAGUUGUUUACUAUGACACUUAUGAAAGCAUGGAAGCUAUGCAAGCAACAGAGGAUAUGGCUGCAUCAGUGAUCCCACAGAAAAUGGAACUGCUGAAGCUUCAGCAGAAGGUUCGGCAACUGGAGGCUCGGCGCAGUCGCAUUUCAGCCAAGAAGGCCUACCUCAGAAACAAGAAGGAAAUCUGUAUUGAAAGCCACAAAGACAAGAUGAAGCAACACAGACAAAAUGAAGAGGAGUACAGGAGCCAUCAUGCUAUAAAGCAAAUGCGUAAUCAACAACAAGAGGAAGAGAAAAAGAGUACAUGGGUUAGCCAGGAGCGACAGAAAACAUUGGACAGGCUCCGUAACUUUAAACAGAGGUACCCUGGGCAAGUUGUACUUAAAUCCACAAGACUCCGUUUCACAAAUGUCAGAAGAAAAGAUAAUGCAGGUUCGGUGGCCUAUCUUGGCAAAGACCAAACCCACUCUCUUCCAGGAAUAUUACAAGUACAACAAACAACUGACGAAGAAGCUGCACUUGUAAAGGGAGCAAGGUCCACCGUAGCAACCGAAUUGAAAAGCAUCGUACAAGAGGAGGAAUGUGUUUCUUCCCACUCAGGAGAUGAUGCUGCCCCUGAAUUGUUGCAACCUGUUUCACUUCCAAGCCCUUCCGUUGAAGAGAUCAGUAAUAUUGAUAUAGUUCCUCCACCACCCCCACCUCCUCUACCCCCUCCACCCCCACCCAUGCCAGUUUGUGAAGAAUCAGCCACUGCUCAGCAACAAAUAGAGAAACCUGUUCAGUCAGGUGACUGCAAAGAAAUAUCACAGCCUGUUAGUUCACCUAUACCUCAGUUAUUUGACAGCAAGCAGCUAUUAAAUGCCAGAAAAAAAUUGAAGAAAACAGCAUCAAGUGAUGAACUGAAAAAGCAGAGAGUGAGUUCACCGAUGGAUGAAGUUCUAGCUUCUCUGAAGCGAGGCAGCUUCCACUUGAGAAAGGUUGACCUACGUUCUCUGCCUCCAUUUCCAAAUCAAGAUGACAGCAAUAAUAUACUUGCACAAAUUAGAAAAGGCGUAAAGUUGAAGAAGGUUCGGAAAGAGGCCCUGAGGGAGUCCUCUAUUGAUUUGCACGAUGCUGAUCCUCUAACUCGCAGCAUCCACGAAGCUUUAAGGAGAAUUAAAGAGGCAUCACCAGAAUCUGAGGAUGAUGAGGAUGAAGGCUUACCUUACACUGACUGGGAGAAUUAACUCUUAUAGACCGAGGUUAAAAGGCCUGUAUGUUGUAAACAUAACCUUGCCCUUCCUUCCACCGUGCAAUUAAUUGUUCGUGGUCCUGUGGCAGAGCUGGUGGUCAGUGAGUGGUAGACAGGUAUUUCCCUUGAAGCUGUGCCUAAAAUGAAAUAUUUUAGUUUCUAAACUAAUAAAUAUGUGUACUAAAUAAUGUUUAAAAUUUCCAAAAGCCCUCUUCACAAGUUGAUGAAAGGUGACAUUACAUAAAUUAAUUUUUUUUGUGAUUAUGGUAGAGUAUCACAGUAAAUUUUAUUCAGAUCCCAAUUAAACAUAAUCAGCAUGAAGAUUUUACUGUUAGCAUCUGAUAUGUUCAUUGAGCAUGCUAAAGAAAAUAUCAGUAUAAUUAAAACACCUCCAAUUUUCCUUCUGUACAAACAAUGGAGAGUACAGUUUGACCUUAAAACAUGGCCUAACUGUAAAUUUAUCCUCAAAGGCACCAUCCACUAAAUGAACUUUUCUUCAAGCUUUAAAAAACAUUUCUGAACACGCAGCAAAACUUUGGAAGGUAAGAGUCCGGAUGCCUUAAUAAAUGGACACAAAGUAUACAUGCAAGUUAGUUUUAGAUGUUUGUUCUAUAAAUUGGAGUCUUUCGUCUUAUGCACUGUAAAGUUACAAACUUUUGCUUUAGCAUAUUUUACUUUAUACCCCUAGGUUGACCUUUGCAAAAGUAUACUUGUAUGAAUAGCUUACCGUUUGUCAUUAGUUAACUGUGAUUGGUACUUCAAAAUUGUAGAAAUUAAUAAAAUGGGCCAAUAGGGGUAGCCGCUAAAAUGAUCUACUGCGAAGUAAUAGUUUUUACAGAAAUUAAAAUUAUAUAAAAUUACGUAACACAUUGAUUUUAAAAGCUAUUUAUAUAGAAAAGUCAUGUAAAUUAAUUCAAAUACUAGGCAGACUGACUUACGUUUGUUUAAAUUAUCUGUAUGUGCAUGAACAGAUUGCCUUAUGUAUGCAUGAAAGAUAUUUUUAAGGAGUUUCAAUUGAAGUUUUAUUCACAGUAGUGAGUCAAUUCAACAGUGAAAAAAUUCAGAUAGUUCCCAAGCUUUGCAAAACCUAAGCUUGGUCUUCCUUAGCCACUACAUCUUGAUUUUAUGGUUUUGUCUAUGACUUUCAAAAUUGGCCAUGUCCUUUGCUAUGGGCCUCAGCCCUUCACCUAGAUUUCUAGGUUUAUACAACAAAAAGCAUGGCUUUGAAACAUUCAGCCAUGUGGCUGGAGACAAAAGUGCACUAUGUGGAUAUUUUAAAUGCAGAAUUCUGGUAUACUGUGUGCUAAACUUUGUUACAGAGGAAGAAUGCACUUAAAUCGCACCUAGUAAAGCACUACACCUUGCAUUCAAUUGAGUGCUAACCUAUAGUAUCAGUUUUCUUGUUGUAUGUUUAAUUAUCUAAAUGUUUAUUCAGAUGGCUACUUAUUGAUAUUCCUCUUGUUGGUGUAACGCAUUUAUUUGAGGUCUGAAGCUAUAGGCAGAUCCCAAAUGAAUGGGGCAAAAACUAGGCAUGACCAGAAAGAGAAAAGUUUUUAAAUGGUUAAGAUAGAAUACUUCCAGUGUACAUCAGCAUUGCAUUAAGCACAGAAAAAUCUUAAGAGAAUCAAAACUUUUUAUAGCCCUAAUUUAAAUGAAUUGAAUUAAAUCAUUUCAGAAAAUGUGUGAAAAUAUGCGAGAAGAAUUUAGUUUCAAUAGGAAUUGCUGGUCUAAAAUUUAGGUUUUAAGUAACACUGAGAUUUGUAUUUAUUUUAUUUAUUACGUAUGUAUAUCAUAGACUGUAGAAUUACUUUGUUGUCAAGGAAGGAAAACUGGGAUCGGUGUUGGACAAAUUGAAUUAUUUUCAAUUAAAGUUAGGUGGUUUUUUCCCUUGAAUUUAGAUUAUCUGGGAGUUUGAUAUGGACGUUUACAUACCAAUAGUGGUUAAUAAACCAUGAUGUGUGAAGAACAGGAAUCUCUUGACUUCCAACUAAAUUACUGCAGACAUGGUUUAAAAUAUAUUUAUAUUUUUAACAAAGGGCAUAAUUUCAAAUUAUCUCUGGUUAUAUAUGGAAGUACAGUAUUGAAAAUUGUGUGUUUAUAAAUAAUUAUCAGUUAAAUUAGCAUGAACAACCAACUAGGGAGGAAGAAAUAAUCACAAUCUUGUCAGGGCAUCGAACAGAGUUACUAUGAAUUCUGAAUCCAAACAAAGUAAGCGUUGUGCCACAUUGUAUCUUUUAAUGCACUGAUCAAACACACCCCAAACUAAAAAUGAAGAAAGUUUAACAAUUUCUGAAACAUGUAGGUAUAAAAAUAUCAGUUGCUUUGACUAUUAAUUUUAUCUCUAAAGAUAAAGUUAAAGACAAGUUGUAGCUUCUUACAGGUUUUUAAUUUAUGCUUUUUGAAUUUGGCAUUAGUGCUGAGAACGCAUUUCAAGGUUGUUUUGUAAUUUCGAUCUUUGUGCACACGAGAGAGUCAUUUGAUCAUUUAACAUAAAACUGACAUAAAAUUACAAUUAUUUAUUUUCGCAAGCAUUCUGUAUGUUUGAGAACUACAUAGAUUUUCUUGUUAAUUCAAGUUUCAUUUUAUUCAUGACAAAGCAAGUUUAAAUUAUUAGCUCUUAAGUAUUUUAAAAUACUAGACAUUUUAAACUGUUCUUGUCACUACUGUCUUUUUAAAAUAUAUAUCUAUAAAAAUGUUCAUUUAAGCCCCUGUCUAGUUACACCGAAGGCAAUCCUAUUUUAAAAGCAAACUGACUGACUUCAGAGGUGGCUGAUGAAUACAUAGGAUUAUUUCCCAAAGGAUAAGAUUUUUUGAUACUAAAAAUAAAUUUGAAAAUGCUUAGUUAGCAGUUUCGGCAAAAACGCAAUAUUAUAAAAAGAAGCUGCAAGUUGCUUUGCUUGUUCUGUCAACAUGAAUCAUUAUGUAGGUUUUUUUGCAUCUAGAUUUAGUAGAAGAGUUUGUGCAAUUAUUUGUUUGAUUAGUAAUCACUUGCAUGUGUUCUAAACCUUCAGUUUAUUUCUGUUAAUCAACCAGAGUGCUGCAUAUUAACUACAUGCAAGAAUUGGAUUGCAGUAGUAAUCUGUGGGUGUGUGUAGGAGGGCAAAAUAAAUUGCAGAGAGUUGAGGCUUAAAUAAACAUUAUCACUGUUCAAUUAAUAUUUCGUUCAUGCUAGUGCUUAUUUUUCCAUUAGUGACUACGUUCAUUUGAGCUUUAAUUUUUAAAACUCCUACAAUUAGGUUAGAUCUUUGUGUAUAUUUCACAUCAGUUUCCUAUUUUGAAAUGCCAUAUAAACCAAAUUUCAAACUGGACAAACUAAGUGAACUGUACUAGUUUUAAAAGGUAAAAUUCCAAACAUUUAACUGAUCAUUUCCUAGAAAAAUAAAGUUGAUUAACCAAAGAGAAUAUGGGAAUUGCCGAACAAAGACUGCAAUCUUUCUAGCUCACCUUCUGAUAGUUGGGUGAUAGUAUGAUAGUAGAAAUGGUAACUAAUCAUAGCAAUAAAUCUCUAACAGCUAUCUGAGACGGACCAAGCCAUGAUGAUAAGAACACCUGUUUGGAGAACUUUGGAAACCAUAGGUCCAAAGUUACUGGUUACUCUAUUUUCAACACUUGGUAUGUCACAUCUCAAAUUUGUCGAUACAAUUCCAAAAUAUUUUCUGAAGGAAAUCUAGCUAAUUUGCAUUUGAGUACAUAGCUUCUGUCAUCACCCUAAGCUUGUUCCAUGACCAUUUUUUGUCAAAAUAUAGUUUUCUGUAGUGUCCUUUUUUCAAUUUACGCCCUUUAAGUGCAGGCCGUGUUCUGGUCAAGAUUGAAUAAAUGUAACUCGACAGAGUACCGGAUCUCUAUCAGUAUUGUUCCUUCACUUUUUUAAAAUCAUAAUUUCUUGCAAACCAUUCAGGCUGUUGAAACCAACUUCCUAAUCUUUUAACUGAAAGUAUGAUGACUAGUCGAAGCACUUUUUUCCUCAGUUCACUGAAUGCAGCCUUAGAUAAACGUAUUAUAACACUUCAAUAAAAAUGUACCACAUCUGAAAAUAUGUUAAUAAAUUGGGGGAAAUAUUGCUGGCUUCCAAGAAGCUUGUUCCUAUCUUCAUGUGUGUGAUUUGAUCAAUGAUAUGAAUUGGCUUAUUGUUCAAACAUGGUAAACAUUGAAUUAUAAUGAUGUUCCGCUUCCACCAGCAAUAAUUUAUUAUUAUUACCACAACUAAUAUGAACAAACUUAGUUUAACUUGACCAAAAUUUCAAAUAUGGUCCCAUUUCUCAUAUGAUGGGCUAAGUCAUCAUUUUUCAGUGUAAAACAAUAUUUACACAAAAGAAAGGAAUGCAAAUUGGCAGGAAAAAAAUCUACACAAUUUGAUUUUCAUUUGCUCAGAAUGGUAUUUACAGGUUCCUUUUUAAAAUCCGUACAACCUCUCAUUUAAAAAUAAUCAUUGAAUUUUAGUAAAUGUGGAAUAGAAACAGGUUUAGUGUUUAUAAUAAUGGCUGUAAGACAUUAAACUUUGAGUUUCAAUUAAGUCAUAUGAAUCAUAUUCUACUUGUGGCAUAAUCUAAGACCUUAUGAUAUAAGAGCAAAAGUAGACCAUUCAUAUGGCUGAUUUGAUGAUUAUCAAUUCCACAUUUCCUGCUGAAUCCUCGUAACCAUUGAUUCUCUUACUGAUUAAAAGAAUCUGUCUCCGCCUUGAAUAUACUUAAUGACCCAGCCCCGACAGCUUUCUAUGCCUGUCACGGGUCAGCAUAUUUCCAUUAUAGUUUGAUAUCAGUGUACAGCUGGAUGAGUGCAAGUGGUGCUGGGGUUUGUUUUGUCACAUGUUGGUUUAAUGUUUUUGCUUUGGUCUGUGCUUUUAAAUACAUUUGGAAGAGAGAAAUGCUUCCUUUAAACAUUGUGUGUAUUUUGUUUCAAGUGAACUAAUGACAGAGUAGUGAAGAGACACAAAGAACCUUGACUGCAACAAAGAAUUGAGUUAUGAAGAAAAUCUUUAAAAACAUCGGCAUUUUAGCCUUGGAGAAAGAAUAGAGCCAAGAGGCAGCCUCUUAAGCUUUGAAAUGGUGUAUAUAUUUGGGCCAGUAGAAAAGGGCAUAGGUUAAAACUGGCAAGAAACAAUUUUAGGAUUGUUAUUUGUUUAAAUGAAGAAUGAUCACUAUCUUUAGUGAAGACAAAAAGCUCAACAUUAUUUAAUGAAUGGUUAGAUUAUUGAUGUGAACUAGGAAAGAGUAAAUGGUGUUCUUCAUGCAUAACUAUCUUAGACCAUCUAAUUAUGUGACAUCACGAUGCGUAAAUAAAUUGACCCAGUUAACUAUUAGUAACAGAACAGUUACUAUGUCACUUGCUUGGUUAUCGAGUUAGUCUGCUUUUGAAUUGCUACUUUUCCUGUAUGGAGGUCCUUUAAUAUCUCAAAGUUGAGUGGGUUCUUUUGAUUACAUGUUUCCUACUGGUAGCACCAUCUGGGUCCUGAAAUAUUUGUUAUAAAAAUACAAUAAAUGAUUGCUUUUCAUCUAGUUAUUGUUUAACAUUUCAUGUAAUAACCUUUUGUGAACCACUACUAUCUUGGCUCAAAAUAGAAUUGUCAUCAGGUAGCUUACUUAGCAUAUAGUGUAAAUGAAUGCAUUUCACAGAAUUAGAAACACACAGAGCUAUUUGGAGGUAAUAUGUUAUGAAUUAAAUUGGCAUCUUUAUCAUUCAGCAUUGGACGUAAAGUAUGGAGAAAUUCUGUUGUCCAAUGAAACAUUCUGCAGUUGUCACAUUUUCUCCCAAGACACAUGCAACACUAUUUUACAGAACAUUUAAAAAUCUGGGACAAUGCACAAUUUCUUUGGGGAAGAGAGAAUGUAUGAAAACACGGUUAUAUGCUUGAAAGUAUACCAAGUUUACAAACCUGUGCUGUUAAAUCUGACAAUGCUUUUGAUGGUAUUUUUACAUGUGGACAUUCUGUAUUUUCACUGUUUUGCUAGAGAGCAGGCAUCAGAAUUUAGUUCUAAGGUCUUGUUCAUUGUAUUCUUUAAGAUUGGAACAGAUAUGAUGAAUUUUAUCCAACAACCAGAGCUUAAGGGCACAGAUUAGUAUUAUUGCUCUUUAAUGGUGUGUCAAAUUAUAGUUACAAACAUGAACAAAUAAUGAAGUAUAUUAACAGGAUUUCAGAUGACACACAAUAUUACAAAGAAUGAAAUAAUCCAUUUUGUAAUAAUCAGCUGUUGAAUUAAACUCCCAUAAAAAUGAAUCAUAGAUUUUCUUACAAAAAUCAAAACAAAUUUAUUUGUUCUUUAGAGACGGAUAAGUAAAAUCACCUUCAGGCGACUGGUAGAAAAUUAAAACCAGUGUGAGAGGUGUUUGUGAUUGGAUAUUUAUCCAUCAGUACAUCUUCCCUCGCACCCUAAAAUGAUUCGUAACUCUGACUAGCUGGAUUGGUUGUUUCCUAAUUGUCUUGACCAUUUUAGGAGUUGAUAUUGUUAUGGAAAUGUGACUAAAUUAAGUGCAUUUUCCUUUAAGAAAUAAUUCCUGAUCCUUAUUAAAUAGUUAAAAAUUAUAUAUCUGCAUGUUUAACAAAAUACUUUGCUUCAAGUUACAAGUGCAGAAAUGUUAUUUUUGCAAUAUUGAGAGUAUUUACCUGUGCAUUUGUCUCAGGAGAUACAAGACAAUAGUAGUAUGAAAUUGAAUGCUUUGUGCUAUACACCUUAAAACCUGGAUCUUGCAUACAAUGCAGUAGUUUGGAAGAAAGACUGGUGGAUUUAUAUCUAGAUAGCAGCCACUGGAUUUUUUUAUGCUAAGAGUAUUGCAAUAGUAGAUUAUGUACAUGUUGGUUGUUUUUGUAUUUUAAUAGUUCCCUUCAAAUAGUUUGGUAUUGAGUAAUAAUAUGCAACGACAGAUCUUCAUUAUUCCUCCUUUCACAUUCCAAAAAAAUUUAAAGUUCAGUUCCAUAGCAACAUGUAUAUAAGUAUGAUACGACUUACAUUUCAGAUGAAGUAAUAUUCCUAAAAAAUAAUUAGAUAUUGUCAUUGAUUUAUUGGCAAAUUUAAAUGUUUUAAGGGCUGCAGAAACUUCUAGGGCCAGUAAUUCAAGCUUAAUUCUUUGGAAGUACAUGUACUGUUAGAAAUAAUGUGUGGUCUUUUUGACUCACGCUCCCUCUGAACAUACUGGUUUGUUGGAGUUCACUGGUAUGGCCCUAGAGAAAGAAAAUUCUUUUGGCAUUUCUGCUUAUCACAAGUUUAAAAUAAUCAAAUGCUUUCUGAUCUGGCUAUCUUUAGGUUUGACAUACAUAAAGAAGCACAAAAUGUGUAGUGUUUUGACUGACAAUUAAAGUAACUUGUAAGCAGUUAAUCUGGGUGACAAAUCUGGGUUAAAAUACUGUAAUUCAAUUGUUCUAAAGUUCUGACAUUUUUCAAUUCAUUUUACAACAUUGUCCUUUUCAUAUAGUUGACAAAUCAGUUCAAAAACUAGUCAGCAUUAUUUUGCUUUUGUUUUUAAUAAUGGCUGGAGUAGACCACUUGGUAUGGUUUCAUUAUUCCCUUUGAGAGUUGUUUUGACACAUUCACAAUAAAGCAGAUACAGUAUUCUUGGGGUGGUGCAACACACAGACUUAGACCACCUGUUGGCGUUAUGAUUAAAUUUUUUUUGUGCAUUACCAUAUCUCUCUCCAAGAAACAAUAACUUGUACGUAAUAAGUUCUACAUAAUAAUUGUAAUAUCCAGGGUACAGCAUUUUCAGAUCCAGCCAAUUAGAAGCUGCUUGAAUCUAUAGUUUUUGGAUGUUAAUGAGACGAGAAAAGGCAGAGUUGACUGGCUUUGUGCAAUAUUUGAACUCACUCGAAGAAACACAUGAGCACAAUAUUUUAAACUUUAAAUAUGAUGUCAAAUGAUUUAAAGAACAAAUUAUACUCUGGUUAUAAUUAAAACAUCCACUACAUAAAAAGGUUGCUUUAAAUAUUAAUCCUAAAUAAACAAAGUAUUUAUUGAGCAACAAAAAAGUAUAAAUUAAUUUUUAAGCUUAAGCAUUUAUAUAACAAUAUAAUGAAAUGUAAAAUACUUAUUCUGACUGAUUUGCUCACUGUCUUUUAUCUCUUGUUUUAUUUAGCUUAUCUAUGCUUUAAGACUGACUUCUGUCAUUUUAAUCUCAGUAAUAUUUUAUUAAUUUUUACUGGCAUAUUUUAAGGCUGAAAGCUUCAUAAUAACUGCAGUCAUUUCUUUUAACAUUGUAUUCACAAUUUUGGUGCUGAAGGAAAUUACUUUUUGUUUCAUUCAAUAAAGUAUGAUAUUUA